UCCGAAACAUGGUUGACACCCGAUGUAACCUUACCUUUUUCCGAUUUCAACAUUAUCCGUCUUGAUCGGUCCGACUCGUACGGAGGGGUGCUUUUAGGGAUCAAAAAGCAGCACUCAUUUUACAGAGUCGAUUUUCAACCGAUGACAGGCAUCGAAGCCGUCGCAUGUGAGGUGACAAUCCGAGGUAAAACCCUCAGUGUUGCCUCCAUAUAUCUUCCACCGAGAACUGCGAUAUCUCGCAGGGAUCUCGCCCACAUCUGCUCGGUUAUGCCUGAGCCACGGCUGCUCAUGGGAGAUUUCAACUCCCAUGGUACAGGCUGGGGGGAACUGUACGAUGACAGCCGUUCAACUUUGAUAUAUGACCUCUGCGACGACUUCAAUAUGACAAUUUUGAACACCGGAGAAGUUACGCGAGUGGCACCUCCAGCUAAAGAUGGCAGUCCUAGAGACAGCCGAUUAGACCUCUCAAUCUGUUCGAGCUCACUAUCGCUGGAGUGUACAUGGAAGGUUAUCCAGGAUCCCCAUGGUAGUGAUCACCUUCCGAUCGUUGUUUCUAUUUCCAAUGGUUCACGUCAACCUCCAUCUAUCGACAUUUCCUACGACCUCACGAAACACAUUGACUGGGGAAAGUACGCGGAAGCAAUUAUCGACGGUGAGCAAUCGGUAGAAAUUCUUCCACCGCGGGAAGAGUAUCAGUUUCUAUCAGAACUGAUCAUCAGUAGCGCGCUGCAGGCACAACGUCGGCCAGUUCCAGGUCCUUCGGCUCGCAGGAAACCCCCCAAUCCGUGGUGGGAUAGCGAGUGUACAGAAAUCUAUCGCGAGAAAUCCGCUGCGUUCAAAGAGUUUCGGAAACGCGGUUCGGUUGAAAACUUUAAGCGGUAUCAGAAGGCCGGCUCCAGAGGCACGUUAUCCUCCAUUUGGGACAUUUGUGCCAUCGCCAAAAUAACAGCCUAUUUCAUCAUCUACCUGAGGGAAAAGGAAGGAAAAAGGAUUUGGAUGGGGAUAGGGACAGGUAGGGAAAUAGGAAAAAUACCCUGGAAGAGGGUACUAACGCACAAGCGUACCACAAUGGGUUCAAACAGCGCCCUGAAAAGGGCACUGUAAUAACGCAUAAAGCGAAAGAGAGCCUAUAGCUCUUUACCACAGCGGGUUAAGAACAACAGAAUAUCCUGAAGAUUCAGGUUUCUGAAGUCAGUUUCACUUAAUAAGUGUUUACCGAAUACUCGGAAACGCAGUUGCGCGAAAACUGGACAGUUACAUAUCAAAUGAUACGAAGUUCCAUAAUCGGAUUCACAGCUAUCACAGGCAAAUGAAUCAGCUUGCUGAAUAUUCGCCAUGUGAUAGCUGAGUCGGCAGUGGCCAGUCAAUGCUUUGACCAGCAUGCUGCAAUUCUGCUUAGACAGAUUAGUUAGAUACUUCGCCACCCGUAGAGAUGGCUCAGCACUAUACAAUUUGGUUUGACGACAUGACUCCAAACUAUUCCAAUAUUGUCUGUGUUGAGUGACAGCCCAGGUGUGAAUCUGAAGCUUAAUCCAACACUUCGAUAUCGGAAUAGCUGGCUCAGGGCCAAUGAAGUCAUGUGAUGCUCCAGAGCGAGCUAACUCAUCAGCCAAUUCAUUUCCAGCGAUGGAAGAAUGGCCAGGUACCCAUAGAAGGUGAACAGCGUUUGCUGAAUUCAGCUCCUCGAUUUGAGUUCGACAAGCGAUAACUAUCUUCGACCUGGAGUUGGCCGAAGCAAGUGCUUUAAUAGCAGCCUGGCUAUCUGAACAGAAGUAUAUUACUUUGCCCAUUACGUGCUGCUGAAGUGCUGAUUGCACUCCGCACAUAAGAGCAAAGAUUUCGGCCUGAAAAACGGUACAGUGUCUACCAAGUGAAUAAGACUGAUACAGCCUUAGCUCACGAGAAUAAACACCAGCACCUGCUCGACCUUCGAGAAGGGAGCCAUCAGUGUAACAUACGAUGCCGUCUGAAAUACUUCUUUCCAGAUAACCAGAUGUCCACUCUUCCCGGGAAGGGAAUUUCGUGGAAAAUGUCCUGUAUGGAAAAUUACAAGCUAUUGUAAGAUCACUUGGAGCAAGGACAAUUUUGUCCCAAUUCACCAAAAGUGGAAACAACGAGGUGUGUGUUGAACUGCGGUUCACAGGAGUUUCCUCUAGUAGACCGAGUACCCGUAACCGGUAAGUGCAAGAAAGGGCUUCUUGUUUGAGAUGAAUGUGUAGUGGGGCAACGUCAAAGAGAACUUCUAGCGCUGCCGUAGGAGUUGAAGAGAACGCUCCAGACAUCGCCAUUAAGCACAUCCUUUGGAGAUGGCCUAAUUUUGAUUGGACCGUUCUCACUUCACCCUUUUGCCACCACACAAGACAUCCAUAAGCCAAUAUUGGCCGAACCACAGUUGUGUAAAUCCAUUUGAUAUACUUGGGUUUUAGACCCCAAGUUGUACCAAAAGUACGCCGGCAUUGCCCGAAGGCCAUACAAGCCUUCUUGAUUCUGAACUCAAUGUGAGGUGUCCAGGAAAGCUUGGAAUCAAGAAUGACUCCAACGUACUUUACCUGUUCAGUCACAUCGAUUUCAGAAUCAAAGAGACGCAAAGGUCGAACGCCAUUACGGUUUCGCCUUUCCGUGAAAAGAACAAUAGAUGUUUUACUCGGAUUAACCGAAAGGCCAUAUUGGCGACACCAACCCUCAACUACCUGAAGGGCGUUUUGCAUCAGGUCGAAAAGGGUGCUGAUGCACAUACCAACUAACAAUGUUAGGUAGUCGUCGGCAAAACCAUAAGUAGGAAAACCGCUAUUAUUGAGUUGCCUCAAUAGCGUAUCUGCUACGAGAUUCCACAAAAGCGGUGAUAAGACUCCCCCUUGGGGGCAUCCACAAACACUCAAUUUCCUAAUCCCUGCUAGACGCAAUGUCGAGAAGAGAUAUCGGUUUUUGAGCAUUUGGUGAAUCCAAUUGGAAAUCAUUGGAGAUAUACCAUGACUUUGUGCGGCUUCCAAUAUGGCAUCGAAAGGCACGUUGUCAAAGGCACCCUCGAUAUCUAAGAAAACACCCAAACAAGAUUGCUUUUGAGCGAAUGCUUUCUCGAUAUCGUAAACAACCUUGUGUAAAAGAGUCACAGUGGACUUACCAGAUUGGUAGGCAUGUUGGUUCACAUGAAGAGGCACGUUGGCCAGAUGAACAUCACGGAUAUGAUGAUCCACAAUGCGUUCUAAGCAUUUCAGAAGAAAAGAGGUCAAACUGAUAGGUCUGAAACUCUUUGCUUCUUCAUACGACGCACGACCCACUUUCGGAAUAAACUUUACAGUAAUAUCCCUCCAGGAUUUGGGAAUAUA